AUGUACACUCUAACAAAUAGUCUUAUUGCGCCUGCAGUUGUUCCGAAGAAAAGCGUAUUUCUGGAGACAAAAGAAAAGCUUGCCACAGGAGAAAAGAAAAAAGUCAUGGAUGCCUUCCACACAAUCUCUACAAAAAACCUGUCUCACAAAGAAAAAGCACAAGUCUUCCCGCUUAUUCUAAGUCUUAUAGGGCACAGUGCCAUAGAGGUGAAGUGCGCUGCAUACUCUUUUAUUCUGCGAACAGUGCGAGUGGACUCGUCUCUUCUGAUUCUUUCUGUGAACACGGUCCUGCAGGAGACAAAAGAAGACCUUGCGCAGAAAACCUAUUCAAAUGCGCUCAAAGUAUCUCUUGCCUUUGACUUUAUAUCCAAAAUCUCAAACGCCGACUUUUUAAACCACUUUUCGCAUGAGAUUGAAAAAGGCUGCAGCUCCCGCUCAGAUAUUGUUCAAAAGGCUUCUUUAAUGGCCGUGCCCACUCUGUUCAGGGCCUUUAAAGAGACAAAGCUUGAAAGUGUCAAACAGGCUGUGCAAAGUGACAGCCCCACGGUCUUUGGAGCCUCUAUCUCUGCAAUUAUUUCCAUCGAGAAACAGCAGAAAGGCACAUUCACUGAGAAAGAGCUGCUUCUAUGCUUUAAAACUCUGUGCAAAAACAGACACAAAAUCGAAGGGAUACACGGCAAUUUCUCUCUGCUUUUCAUUGACCUGUACAGACUGCUUUGCAAAUUCUCAAACAGCGAGGCUAUCGAGGUAGCCAUGGAUGUUAUAGAGUUUCUUCCAUUGUUCGCUAUAAGAGAGCUUUUCAGUAUAAGCCAAAGGCCUCUGUCACCCAUCAUGGCAGAGAAGAUAGCUAGCAGCCUAAUAAGCUACAUUGGAACACGCCAUAAAACAGACGCACUGGAGAGCAUUUUGCAUCUUCUCCAAAGGCACAGUGUAAAGCUGGAAAUAGACCCAUUUCUGAUCAAUAACGAGGACACAAAAAAAGAGAAGAUUUUCAAGCUGUACAUUGUUUCUCUUCUGAACAGCAAGGAAGGCCUUUCCGAGAUAGCUACUUUUGUUCACGACAGAGAGUGUGUGUUCCACACCACACGUCUUCUCCUGAAGCAUGGCAUUUUGAAAGACGAGCACAUCCGCCUUGGAUUUCAAUACAGCCCUGCGUCUAUGCUGCGGGCUAUUUACAGCGAGCAUCCUCUGCCCGAGAGGUUCUCUCCUGUAAUAAAGGCCAGUUUGGCUGGGAUGUCUAACGUGCUCGAGAAGGAAGCCUUUUUGUUUUUGGCAGGAUACUAUCUUAGCAGCGUACCAGACGAAGCCAACCGCAUCAAAAGAAUAAGAAACUCUUCAGGCGGCGUUCUCUAUGGAAGAAAGGAAGAGCGCGAGAAGCCCGAGGAGCAUCUGGAAGAGUAUCUAUACUUCCUUCUGAACAUGUACACGCGCGGGAUUAUAAACAAAGAAGACUGCGUGCAGGAUGCACAAAAAACUUUUGCAGAAGAGCUGUUUCUACUCAACAAGUUCACACAUCUCAUCGAUCUUCCGGACAGAAAACACCUGUUAGAUCUCAUAGCAUACAAAAGAGUUCUAUACAAAAUAUCAAAAGAGCCCUAG